GGAAGCACAUAAAGGAGUAAGACACUGUCAGUACAGAGAGAAGAGUUCAAAUUCUCUCCUUUUGUAUCACCAUUCAUGGCUGCGAAGCUUCUUCUUCAUACAUUGGCAGAUGAAAACUCGGAUCUGCAGAAGAAAAUUGGAUGUAUGAAUGGGAUUUUUCAAAUCUUUGAUCGCCACCAUGUUCUCACAAGCCGGCGUCAAAGUCUUACUUUAGGUAAUGCACGUGUCAAUAGUAUCAACUUUGAAAGAUGCUCUGUGGAUGAAAUAUAUCAGCAAAGAUCAGCAUUUCAUUCUCAAGACUCAAACCAUAUUAGUGGAAAUGGAUCGAGUGAGAAACUAACAAGGGUAUCAACAGAAUCUUCGAGGGUUUCUUUCUCAUCGUCAUGUUCAUCAUCUUCCCCGUUGUCUUCUGAGGUCAACAGAGAAGUACAGCUUGAGAUUUCUGCGGAUGACCGAGUCAUUUUUCCAGAAUCUCCUACAAGUGAUCCAGUGAUGAGCCAAGGAAGUGGUGCACGUAUGGGACUUGACCUUAGAGAUGUUGUUAGAGAUUCUAUGUAUAGAGAAGCUAGAGGGCUUUCUGAAGUAUGUAGGCAAAACAGAAGAGAGGAUUCUCCAAGACCCUAUGGUUUGAAGCAAUCCACGCCUGUCGAUUUCAAUGAGUCCUGCAGAGCUUUAGCCAAACUUAGAAAAACAUCUCAUCAUUAUUACAAUGAGGUUGAUAUGAAAGAUACAUCCCGUUACUAUGUUGAUUCUCGCGGAAAGUCGAAAUCCGGGAAGAAGCUGAAAGAGUUGCCUAGGCUUUCGUUGGACAGUAGAGACCACGUUGAUCUCAAACCAGGUAAUAAGCUUAUUGAAAGUUUCAGUAGAAGCUCUAGCAUGAACAAAGUUUCAGGUAGCCCGAAACGGCCUCCUAGUGUUGUUGCGAAGCUAAUGGGCUUGGAAACAUUACCGGGUUCUCCUUUGAGCAGAGACAAAAUCAACAUGUUUGAUGAUAACAGUGAUCCGUUCUCAAGAUCAUUGAGGGAAAAUAGCCUGAACCGUUCUCUUCGGUUUUCUCCUAGCUCAUCGAGAAGCUUAGGUAAGGACCCUGCUGCUUCUUCUCCAAGAUGGAGAAGCUCUGAGUUUGUUAUGAAACCCUUAUCAAGUUUGAGAUAUCCCAUUGAACCAGCUCCUUGGAAGCAAACUGAUAGAAACCGGUUUUCUCAAAAGCAAGCCUGCAGGUCUGUGAAAUCUCUGUCGCAGUCAAUGGAGGGAAGAUUGAAAGAUCUCGAGUUUAAACAUUCGGGAAAGGAUCUCAGAGCUCUUAAAGAUAUAUUAGAGGCAAUGCAAUCAAAAGGUCUCUUUGAUACUCGAAAGCAACCACAAUGCUCAAACUUGGAAGCUCAAAGAGAUUACGAACUGGCAGAUUCUGCAACUUCUAACCAUGAUUCAAUAGACCUGCGAAACCCGGUGAUGCCAUCCAAUAUCAGAGGCCCAAUUGUGAUAAUGAAACCUGCCAGACUUGUUGAAAAAUCUGGUAUCCCUUCAUCAUCCCUGAUUCCCAUUCACAGUCUAUCCGGUCUUAAUAAGACUUGCAGAGAAGAACCUGCAAAUGCUAGAAGAAGUUCAACAAGUAGAAAGGCAGCAAAAGAUCGUAGUCCUGGAAACCAAAGAGCUGAACCAUGUAUCAGUUCUGAUAAGAAAUCUAGCAGCAGAAACGUGAGGUCUUCUCAGGUUUCCAAAGAAAGCACUUCAAAGAAUUCAGGAUCUGCAAGUCCAAAACUGCAGCAGAUGAAGCAUGAGCAAGACAAGCGUUGUCGGCCACCAGCGUCUCCAUCUGACUCAAGCAAAUUAAGAAAACAAAUAAACCGACAACCCGUGGAAUCUACUACUUCUCCUGGUGGUAGACGUAGUAGACCCAGGGAUCAGAGGAGCUUGCAGCAAAAUGAUGGCCAACUAAGUCAAAUGAGCAAUAAAUCUAGGACUAAAACAGAAGCCACCGUGAGUAUCGAAAAUGGUGGAAAGAGUCCAUCUGUAAUAGAGGCAGCCAAAGCUGUAGUCUCUAACUUAAUACAGAAUAAGUCCAGUCCAACGUUUAGUGAAGAUGGAUCAUCAGAACAUCCAAGUCCAGUUUCUGUUCUCAAUGCAGAAAUCUACAGAGAGAUCGAACCCUCUCCUGUGAAAAUCCAAGCUAGUGAAGGCAGUGUUAAUGGCCCUAUUGACUCGGGAGUUGAACAUUGCGAGGAGGACCAGUGGAAUCCAGCUUAUAGCUUCUCAAAGCCAACAACCAGCUUUUCGCCAGAGAUGAACCGAAAGAAGCUUCAGAAUGUUGAGCAUUUGGUUCAAAAGCUAAGAAGACUAAACUCUAGCCAUGACGAAACCAGUCAAGAUUACAUUGCAUCUUUAUGCGAGAACAGUGAUCCAAACACUGAUCACAGAUACAUUUCCGAGAUUCUUUUAGCCUCGGGUCUUCUCCUCAGAGAUCUCGGCUCAGGGUUAACUACUUUUCAACUGCACCCUUCAGGCCACCCAAUCAAUCCGGAGCUGUUCCUUGUUCUUGAGCAAACUAAAGGAUGCAGCAGCAGCAGCAGCAAUGAAAAGCUCAACCGCAAACUUGUGUUUGAUGCUGUUAAUGAAAUGCUCGGGAAGAAGCUUCCUUUUGUUGAGAGCAAUGUAGAUCCAUGGAUGAAGCAAGCUAAAGCGAGGAAGAAGGUCUUAAGUGCACAAAAUCUCUUGAAGGAACUAUGUUCAGAGAUAGAGACACUACAAAAGCAAGCCAAGAAGAGAUCUGAAAACUUGUUGUUGUUGGAAGAAGAAGAAGAAGAAGAUUUCUUGAAAUGUAUAUUGGAUGAAGAUAUGGCAGUCCGAUCUGGGAAAUGGACAGACUUUGAUGAUACAAUCCCUGGUUUAGUGCUUGACAUGGAGAGGCUUCUCUUCAAAGAUCUGGUGAAUGAGAUAGUGCACGGUGAGAUUGGUCGGCUGCAAGGAAACUCAAGGAGACAGAAAACGGUUUUGGCUGACGAGUAGAUAUUGAUUUAGUCGUUUUUUGAUUCUCUGUAUUCUAAAGCCGUAUAUAUAUAAUACAAGUCAAUAGUCAUG